AUGAUGUCAAGUAUUUUAAGAAAGCAGAGUCAAAGACCUAAAAAAUUUCACUGUGAUUUUCAAGGGUGUACCAAAUCAUAUACAAGACCUUGUUUAUUAGAACAACAUAUAAGAACACAUUCAAAUGAACGACCUUUCAAAUGUCCUGAAUGCCCAAAGAGUUUCUUCAGAGAUUCACAUUUAAAAGUUCAUACAUGGACUCAUUCAGAUGAAAAACCUUUGAAAUGUUCAACUUGCUCAAAAGGGUUCGUCACAAGUCAACAAUUGUCCCGUCAUAUGAAGAAACACCUUAAACAGGAAGGUCAAUCAACUGAUAAAGCAAUAGAUCAAUCAACAGAUGACUCUUCUGAUCAAAAUAGCUCAUCCGCUAUAACCUCACCGUUGAAUAACAAUAAUAACACCAAUGAUAAGAAUAAAACACCCAUAACGUAUCAAUGUCCUUAUGAAUGUGAAGAAUCAUUCCAUCAAGAAAAAUUAUUAAGUGAACAUAUGCUUUCAGAACAUGUUAUGAAUGAUAUUAUUGAUGAAAAGUCACACAAAUUACAUAAUGAAGUUCCAACUACACAAAUUGCCCCAAGUCCAUUAGAUAUCCCAGAUAUUAAAGAUGUACUUACACCAGAAAUGUAUGAACAAUUAACUAAAGAUGCUUCAAAUGUUAAAAAAAUUGAGGAUUUUAAUCAAUGGGAUAAUCAUUCAUGUAAAGAACCUAUUUGUGAUGGAUAUCCAUCUUUUGAAUCAUAUCAAGAUUUAAUUUUCCAUUAUGAUCAUUUCCAUAGAUUUAUUCCAGAAUCAUUAUAUGAAAUUUUAGAAUUUGAUGAAGAAUCUACAACUUCAUCAAACUCAAAUUCAAAUUCAUCAUCAGAUCCAAAUUCAAAUCCAAGUUCUAAUGAUUUUCAAUUAUCACCUCAUCAAUUAAAUAUACCCGAUUCUUUACAAUUCCCACAAAUUAUAGAAAAAUCGGAUCUAAAUGGGACAAAUUCACAAAAUUUCCAACAUAAUCUCCAACAAUUUGAUAAUAAAAUUGAUUUAAAUAGCCUUUGA